AUGGCUCUAAUUUUGAGAUAUGUCAACAAAAGUGGAAUGGUGAUAGAGCGAUUCUUGGGUAUUGUCCACGUAAAUGAUACAUCUUCUCAAUCAUUAAAAAAGGCAAUUUAUUCUUUGCUUUUGGAUCACUCAUUAUGUACAUCCAAAAUACGUGGUCAAGGUUAUGAUGGGGCUAGUAAUAUGCAAGGGGAAAUAAAUGGUCUCAAGUCUUUGAUUUUACAAGAUACGUCAUCUGCAUAUUCUAUUCACUGUUUUGCUCACCAAUUGCAAUUGACACUUGUAGGUCUUUCCAAAAAGAAUUCGGAUGUGGAUAAUUUUUUUUAUGUUCUCACUAAUAUUUUGAAUACUAUUGGAGCUUCAUUUAAACGCAGAGAUUCACUUCGACAACAUCAAGAAGAUAAGUUGGAAGAGUUGCUUAAAUUUGGAGAAGUUCAUACAGGGCAAGGUUUGAAUCAAGAACGUGGCCUCCAACGACCGGGUGAUACUCGUUGGGGGUCUCAUUUUAAAACCUUGGACAAUUUCCUGAUUCUUUUUUCUACAAUUGUUAAUGUGCUUAAGGAUAUGAAACGUGAUUGUCCAUAUCAUCUUGAUAGAUUUGCGGCGGAAAAUCUUUUGAGCAAGAUUCAUGAAUUUGAAUUUGUCUUUAUGUUGCACUUGAUGUUUAAGGUGUUGCUAUUGACGAAUGAGUUGAAUAAAGUUUUACAAAAGAAAGAUCAAGAUAUCGUUAAUGCUAUGGGAUUGCUUGACCUUUCAAAGAAACGAUUGCAAAUGAUGAGAGAGGAUGAAUGGGACUCUAUGAUGGAUGAGGUUAGCUUAUUUUGUGGUAAACAUGGAAUUUCAAUUCCCAAAAUGAAUGAAGACUACUCUAAUGGGAAGUCGAAGCGUAAGAGGUCCAAUAUUUCAUAUUUGCAUCACUUUCGUGUGGAAGUAUUUUAUGCCGUCAUUGAUUUGGCACUUCAAGAACUCAAUAAUCGUUUUGAUGUGGUGACUAGUGACUUGCUUCUCGGUAUGGCUAGUUUGAGUCCGGUUGAUUCAUUUGCUAAUUUUCACAAGGAUAGGAUAAUGAAACUAGCCGAGUACUACCCAAGUGAGUUUGGUGAUAAAGAGCUUCGGGAACUCAAUUUUCAACUUGAUGAUUUUAUUGUCUAUGCUCAAAAGUGUGAUAGCAAGUUUCUCAACUUGAAGGGAAUCAAGGAUCUUGCAAAAGUGAUGAUAGAGACAAAACUAGAUCAAACUUGGUCACUUGUGUAUCUACUUGUGAAGUUAACUUUGAUUAUUCAUGUUGCUACCGCAAGCGUGGAAAGAGCAUUCUCAUUAAUGAAGUACAUAAAGAAUGAUUUGCGUAAUAGGAUGGAUGAAGAUCUUUUGAAUGGUUGUUUAGUUUGCUAUAUAGAGCGUAGUAUAUUUAAAAAUGUAAGUAAUGAUGCCAUUAUUGACCAUUUUCAAAAUAUGAAAACUCGUCGAGGACAAUUGUAA